CAAGCAAAAUCUACCGAAGAGUAUUACCGUGUAUCCAUAUUUAAUCCGUACAUGGAUUCUUAUAUAACUGAACUUGAACAAAGGUUUGUCAAUCAUAAGAUUAAGCUUAACAAUUUUCAGUCACUGUUUGAUACAGAAGAAAAUGAAGAUAAAUUUAUUCAAUUAGCCGAUGAUUACAAAGAUGAUCUGGAGUUCACAAAUCAUUCGUUAUUAUCAACUGAAUAUAAAUUAUGGCAAAGAAGAUUAAAAAACAUGGGAAAAAAGCCAGAAAAUGCACUCCAAGCAAUGACAUUUUGCAAUAAAGAAAUGUACCCAAGUGUCUUCAAACUCCUUCAGAUCCUUGCUACUAUACCAGUUUCUACUGCAUCAAAUGAGCGCUCCUUUUCAAAUUUGAAAAGAAUCAAAACAUAUCUACGGAAUUCUAUGAACGAGGCUAGACUAAACGGCUUGGCAAUGAUGUCGAUUCAUAGGGAUGAGCAAUGCUUAACAGUUGACGCAGUCUUGGCAGAACUAGGCAAAACCAAAAGAAGAUUAGAUUUUAUUUUGUAA